CUUUUUUUCCGGUUUCUUGUUCUUCUUUACUUUUUUUUUUAUUUUUUUUUCUUCUUCUUUUUUCCUUUUUUUAUAAUCAAAGCCACUAUGGUGUUGAAAGGAAAUGCUUUAUUCAGAGCAUCAACCGCUCUUGCCGGUUGCGGGUUCUUACUCUUUGGUUAUGAUCAAGGUGUUAUGUCUGGUGUGAUUGCUACAGAAGAUUUCAAAAGAACAAUGGGUUAUCCUAAUUCUGCUUUGGUAGGUGCUAUUGUUGCCCUUUAUGAAAUUGGUUGUAUGGCAGGUGCUUUGUCUACCGGUAAAAUUGGUGAUAUGCUUGGUCGUCGUAAAACUAUUCGUUAUGGUUGUCUUAUUCUUAUCAUUGGUGCUAUUUUACAAACUGCUUCUGUUAACGUUGGUAUGAUGAUUGCUGCUCGUAUCAUUACUGGUGUUGGUAAUGGUAUGAAUACUGCCACUAUUCCUGUUUAUCAAGCUGAAUUGUCUCCUCCCAAGUCUCGAGGUGCUCACGUCGCUUUCGAAGCUUGUUUAUUAGCUGUUGGUGUUGCUAUUGCUUAUUGGAUUGAAUUCGGUCUCUACUUUGUUGACAGUCCAGUAGCAUGGCGUUUCCCUUUGGCUUUCCAAAUGGUAUUUGCUAUUAUUCUUGGUAUUGCUUCUUUCAUUCUUCCCGAAACUCCUCGUUGGUUACAAGCUCACGGUUAUGAAGAAGAAUCCAAGGUUGUUCUUGCUCGACUCUGGACUGAUGAAGACACUACUCAUCCUCGUUGUAUCGCUGAAUGGGAAGAAAUUCGUGACGGUAUUGAAUUGGAACGUCGUACUGGUAUCUCAAGUUACAAGGAAUUAUUCACCAAGGGCAAGUUCAACAAUCGUUACAGAGUUUUGCUUGGUAUGGGUGGUCAACUUAUUCAACAAUUCGGUGGUAUCAACGCUAUCUCUUACUAUUUGACUGAUGUGUUUAUGAAUGCUGGUUUUACUCAAAGUAUGGCUAUGAUGAUGGCUGGUGUGGAUGCUAUUGUAUAUACUAUUGGUGCUAUUACUCCUAUCUAUACAAUUGAACGAUGGGGUCGUCGUAAGCUUAUGUACUUGGGUUUGUUUUUCCAAAUGGUUACUUUACUUCUUGUUGGUAUUUGUCAAUGGGGUGUUGAAAACGGUCAUCCAAAUGCUUCUCCUGGUGUCAUCGUUGGUGUAUUCCUUUACAACUUUGUGUUUGGUGCUGCCUGGUUGGGUCUUGCAUGGUUGUAUCCCUCAGAAAUUUUCUCUACUGGUAUGCGUGCCAAGGGUAACUCUAUGAGUACUGGUGCCAACUGGCUUGGUAACUUUGUUGUGGCUGAAAUCACUCCUGUACUCUUCCAAUAUGCUAAAUUCUGGACUUUCAUCAUGUUUGCUAUUCUUAAUGCUCUCUUCUUGAUCCCUAUCUAUCUCUGGUACCCUGAAACCAUGGGUAAGUCUUUGGAAGAAAUCGAAGUCUUGUUUGCUACCGAAGAAGUUCAAGAAGAUGCUCGAUCCACUGCUACUGGUAUUGGUGGUACUUCUCUGUACGACUCUAAGCAUGAUGCUGAAUCUCUUGCUCAACGUCCUCGCUCUCAUUACAGUCAACGACCUGAUUCUCGUCGUAUGCCAUCGAACUUCUCUGGUGUUACUCCUCAUACCGAAAAACCUCGUGAUGAUACUGCUGCUGCUGAAAUUAAGCAAAACUAUACUGAAGAAAAGAAGGGUCCCAACUUCAAGUAAAAAGGAUGAUGAAUUCUAUUGAUUAGAAUGACUCUUUUUUUUAUUAUUUUUAUUAUUAUUAUUAUUACUAUUAUUAUUCUUUUUUAGUUUAGCUUUGUUUUAGAUCUAUUUUAUAUCCACUUAUUUUUUACUUCUCCAUCCAUUUUUUUUUUGUCAUCCUCCCUUUUUUGUUAUCAUCUAAUAUGUAUUUCUUCCCCUUAUUAUGUUUGUACUAUCUUCACAUCAAUAGAAACAAAUAAAACCACUUGCCAUUUUGAUCAACAAUAAA